GGCGCGGAUGGCGGCGCUGACAGACCUGUACCAGCUCUCCAUGGCCUGCGGGCACUGGCGCAGCGGCCGGGCCCGCCUGCCCGCCUCGGCUGAGCUCUUCUUCCGCCGCGGGCCCUUCGGCGGCGCCUUCGCGCUGGGCGCCGGCCUGGCGCAGGGGCUGCGCGGCCUCCGCGCCUUCCGCUUCUCGGCUGCCGACAUUGCCUACCUGCGCUCUGUCCUGCCCAGCACCACCGAGGAGGCCUUCUUCGACUACCUGGCCACGCUGGACACCUCGGAGGUGACCGUCUCUGCUGUGCCUGAGGGCUCCGUCGUCUUUGCCAGGGUCCCAUUCCUACAGGUGAAGGGGCCACUGCUGGUGGUGCAGCUGCUGGAGACCACCUUGCUGUGCCUGAUCAACUAUGCCAGCCUAGUGGCCACCAAUGCCUCCCGCUUCCGACUCCUUGCUGGUCCAGACGUGAAGCUGAUGGAGAUGGGGCUCCGUCGUGCCCAGGGGCCAGACGGCGCCCUCUCGGCCUCCAAGUACUCCUACAUCGGGGGCUUUGACUGCACCAGCAACGUGCUGGCAGGGAAGCUGUACGGCAUCCCGGUGCGCGGCACCAUCGCCCACUCCUUCAUCAUGUCCUUCACCACGCUGGAGGAGGUGCAGCCCCGGGAGCUGGCGCCGCUGGCGGGAGGGGAAGCGGUGGACCUCCCCAGCUUGGCCGAGUCGUGGCUGCGGCAGGUGUGCGAGCUGCUCCAGACGCCCCUGGAGAAGACAAACCGGGGCGAGCUGGCCGCCUUCGUGGCCUACGCUGUCACCUUCCCACGAGACUUCCAGGGGCUGCUGGACACCUACUGUGUCAGGAGGAGUGGCUUGCCCAACUUCUGUGCUGUGGCACUGGCCCUGCACCAGCUGGGCUACCAGGCCAUUGGCGUGCGGCUGGACAGCGGGGACCUGUCCCAGCAGUCCAAGGAGAUCCGCCAGGUGCUGCGAGCCUGCGGCGCUCACUUCCAGGUGCCCUGGUUUGAGACCAUCCCCAUUGCUGUCAGCAAUGACAUCAGUGAGCAGAGCCUGGAGAAGUUCAUCGAGGAGGGGAGCGAGAUCGACAUGAUCGGCAUCGGGACGCACCUGGUGACGUGUCCCCUGCAGCCAUCGCUGGGCUGUGUUUACAAGCUGGUGGAGGUCAAUGGCUCACCGUGCCUGAAGCUCACAGAAGAUGAGGAGAAGAUGACAAUCCCAGGGACCAAGACUGUCUAUCGGCUCUAUGACGCUGCUGGUCACCCCUUCAUGGACCUCAUGGCCUUGGAGGAGGAGCCUUCCCCCAGGGCAGGGCAAGAGCUGGAGAUCCGUGUCCUGGGGCGGCUUGCUGAGACCUGCAAGGUUGUGGCCAGCGCCGUGGAGCCCCUCCAUCGCACGUACUUCAAGGAUGGUCAGCUGUGUGAACCACUGCCCAGCCUGCCAGAGGUGAGGACCCACGCUCAGGUGUCCCUCAGCCUGCUCAACCCUGCCCACCGCCGGCUCCAUGACCCUCAGCCCUACCCAGUGGCCAUGACAGAGAGGCUCCACCAGCUCCUCACCAAGCUGCAGGAGGCCAGCCAGUGAGGAGGUCCACACCUCAUGUUGUGCCAGCCUGGGGCCAGCUUUUCCUCCAUGUUCUUCUGAAGACCAAGUGACUAAGUGGGAAUUGAUGGUUGUGAUGUUGCUGCUGCAUGGUGCUCAUAGGAGGAUCAUGCAAGAACUGGAGGAGCACCCUGAGGGCCCAGUAGCAAAGCUGGGCACGGAGGGCUGGGGCUGAAUGAGGUGGGAGGCAGCUGUCCCCACAGCUUCUGGAAGUAGUGGUCCCUUCUUGCCCUCCUUGGUGGUCCUACCAACCCUGUGCCUUCUGCUGUGGCAGCUCUUGCCCACCUUGGUCACUGCCAACCCUGCACUUUCCAUGAUGGUAGGCCAUGCUGAAGCUCUAAGACCAAGAGCUUGACCAGGACCAAACCUUGAAUACCUAGGUUGAGGUCCUACUGUGGAAAGAGCUGGCCUGUACCACUUAGGUCCUGUGGAACAUCUGUGGCAGAAGGACUUUGCCUGUCCUCUGGCUUCAUCUUACCACCUUCCAUUUUGUAUGCAAGUCCUUAGGGUAUGGAGGCCAGCUCCAGGUUGAUGCCUGCACAUUAGCUUCAUCCUAA